AUGUUUUCUCUAUCUCGUCUUUUUCCAAGAUCUCCCAGAGAUUCCAUCCCGGAUGACGCCUCCGACAAAUCAUUCCAAGCUACAGAGUUCUUUCCUAGUGUAUUUGAUGUGCUGAAAGUUCGGUUUCUUCUCCAAUGGAAACUCAAAGAAGGCCUUCCUGUAGAAUUGAUUGACGCCAUCAUUGAUGAAGCCGAGUACUGGCCCUCGACCGAGUGUCACAUGGAAGACGAGACACGUAGAGUGAUCCAUAAAGACCGGGACCAAGUUCUGAUGAAGACGGUGCCUCUUUGUUUCGAUAGAGCUAUUCUACAACAAUCCGAGUCUCCUUCAGCACUUCCUCAUCGAUCCGAACAUCCUUGCCGCAAAAUCGUCUUUCAACUCGCAUCCCACGACCAAGGAGGUGGUGGGACACGAGGAGGUGAUAUGUAUAAUGAAUCAUGGACUUGGUUUGAUACAGAAGUUAUCCAUAAUGCCCAUACUUUGGGCAUGUAUUCCGAGAAUACAGAGAAUGAGAUUCUAGAUAACGAACGCGGCCAAAUUGAGAAAUCAUAUGCACCAGACGAUGAACUCCUUCUCCCACGAGGCAAUAAAUUGCAGGUGAAUCGUGUUCGGAGCAACGAAACACAUAAUGUGAACAUCACCUGGAGUUAUCUAGACUCUGUCCACCCAGAUUCCGAUGAAGCAUUUGGCAUCGAGCGAAGCCAAGGCCGUGGUCGGUUGACACUGGAUGGACAUGGCGUGCGGGAGAUGAAGAUUGGAGACUCGAUCGCCGUGUGGGCACGGGCGAGGUUCCCAGGAUGGUCGAAUUAUGUUUAUAGUGCGAGUGUUCGAGUGUUUUGGGCCAUUUGA